AGAUCUCGGGUGCGUUAUUCUGGACACCAGAGUGAGGGUUGGUGUGCUCAUUCCAGGGGAGAAUAAAAAGGAGUCUAUCUUUGUUUCCAAGUUCGGCAUCAUCGGGUGGUAACCAUGCCUUUCGGUAACACGCACAACAUGAUGAAGAUGAAGUACUCCACUGAUGAGGAGUUCCCAGACCUGAGCAAACACAAUAACCACAUGGCUAAGGUGCUGACUCCGGAGGUGUACGGGCGCCUGCGGGAUAAGCAGACUCCUAGCGGAUUUACACUGGAUGAUGUCAUUCAGACUGGGGUUGAUAACCCAGGCCACCCUUUCAUUAUGACGGUGGGCUGUGUGGCAGGUGAUGAGGAGUCUUAUGAGGUGUUCAAGGACCUGCUGGACCCCGUGAUCAAAGACAGACAUGGGGGCUAUAAGCCAACUGAUAAACACAAGACUGACCUGAAUCCAGACCAUCUGCAGGGUGGGGAUGACCUGGAUCCCAACUAUGUUCUGAGCUCCCGUGUCCGAACGGGCAGGAGCGUUCGUGGGUUCUGCCUGCCGCCUCACUGCAGCCGUGGAGAAAGACGGGCCAUCGAGAAACUCGCAAUUGAAGGUUUAAGUGCCCUUGAUGGUGAUCUUAAAGGAAAAUACUAUGCUUUGAAGAACAUGACUGAGGAAGAGCAGCAGCAGCUGAUUGAUGACCACUUCCUCUUUGACAAGCCAGUCUCCCCUCUGCUGCUGGCUUCAGGAAUGGCUCGUGACUGGCCUGAUGCCAGGGGCAUCUGGCACAAUGACAACAAGACUUUCCUGGUCUGGGUGAAUGAGGAGGAUCACCUCCGAGUCAUCUCCAUGCAGAAGGGAGGAAACAUGAAAGAGGUCUUCACUCGCUUCUGCCAUGGGCUUACCAAGAUUGAAUCCCUGUUCAAGGAAAAAGGCCAUGAGUUCAUGUGGAAUGAGCACCUGGGAUACAUCUUGACUUGCCCCUCCAACCUGGGCACUGGGCUCCGUGGGGGUGUCCAUGUCAAGCUGCCCAACCUGAGCAAGCAUGAGAAGUUUGGAGAAAUCCUUAAGCGACUGCGACUUCAGAAACGUGGAACUGGUGGCGUUGACACUGCAGCAGUGGGAGGAGUGUUUGACAUCUCCAACGCAGACCGCCUGGGCUUCUCAGAGGUGGAGCUGGUGCAGAUGGUGGUGGAUGGGGUGAAGCUCCUGGUCGACAUGGAGAAGCGGCUGGAGAAAGGCCAGUCAAUCGAUGACCUCAUGCCAGCUCAGAAGUGAAAAUCUCUGGACUCCCUUCAAUCAAACUCCCCACUAUGUCUGUUCAAGGAAUACACUCUACCCAAACUUUAGUGGCACAAAAAAAUAGUAGACAGGUCUUCCAUCAGUAUGAUAGAAGAUUUUUGUACUUGCAAAGGUCUCCCAAUGUUCUUUCUGAAAAUGGAUUGUAACACCUGAAAAUAAAUCUUGUCCCAUGGAA